AUGAUGAAGCAUAAGUCGGGCCUACAUCAUAAUCAUUCGAAUUCUCGAAGGAAACAUCCUAAACGAUGUACUUUAAUUAUAUAUCAUAUUAGUUUAGGAUUAAUAUUGAUUGGAAUUAUUCUUACAAUUAUUGGAUUAACAACACAAAGAUUAUUUCAUAUUUAUAUUUAUGAUCAUCGUAAUCCAGCGAAAUUUCAUCAUUUACAUAUACCAAUUGGUUUAUUUUCAAUGAGUACACAUAUUACAUGGUUAUCAAUGGAAAAAUCAAUUUUAUCUGAAAAUCUUGAAAUAAAUGAUCUUCGUUGGACAUUGGCUAGAAUAAUGAGUUUAAUAGGCUUAUUGACAGCAAUUACAUCGUUUAUAAUUCAUAUAAUUCUAGCAUAUUUUCAAACAAAUCGUAAAUGGUUAAAUGUUCUAGCUGAAGUUGUAUUUCUUCUGAUAGCUGUUGCAUGUGUAUUGGUUGGAUUAAGUUUAGCUGAAACAGAAAUUGAAUAUAUUCAUGAUCAUGGUGAUAUGAUUCUAACAAAAGUUCUCCUUUCAAAUGGUUUAAUGGGAACAAAUGAUGACUAUACAAAUCAAUUCUAUUUAGAUAAAAAUAAUAACCAAUUAAUGAUUAACAGAGAUAGUACUGGUGGUAAUUUCAAUCCGGAAGAUAAUACUGCUAUCAAUGGUCUUAGUAGUAGUAGUGGUAGUGGUAGUAGUGGCAGUAGUAGUAGUACAGACAAUGAUCGUUUAGGUUUAUCUGGUGAAUUUGCCUUAUUACUUACUCCACCAUUAUCAAGUUUUUUCUUAUUAAUUUCAGCUGAUUUUAUUUAUUUAUUAAGUUUUCUUUCAGUACUUAUUUAUUUUGUACGUUUAUGUGAAAAAGCUGAAGCAGAUAGAAAACAAAUGAAAUGCGCUGAAACAACAAGUUCUGUUUAAAAUAAACUAAUCACUAUGGUCUCAUUUAAGUAUCAUUUCUUUACUCUUCCUCUCUUUCUAUUUGUGUGUGUGGCGGGUGGGGGGUGGGGUGCGUAUGUUGAUAUUCACAAGUUGAAUAUUCUCAAAGAGAAAUGGAGACUAUACACAAUAUCUGGAUACUAAUAUUCUUGUUUCAUCUCAUUUCCUUUAUUUUCAUUACUAUGUGUUAAGUGUCAUUCAUUCAAGUAGAACUAUCACAUUAUGUAUGAUCUAUUGUCAUUAUUCAUUGUUUGUGACAAUUUCACUAAAGGUUACUUCAAUGUGUCUUCUUCAUCUUCUUCCUCCUCUGUGCAUGAGCAUUAAAAUAACACUUGCUUUAAUGAUAAUGAAAUCAAAUAAUCUAUUUUCAAAGCUUCUUGUGUGUAUGGAAGAGAUAAUCUUCUAUUCGUGCAUUUUUUUUUGUCAAAGAAAAUACAUUUUCACCAUUGAAAAUCCAUAUUGUUUCUAGGGUAUAACAUUUGGGGGGCGGGGUCAUAUAAAUAUUUUUCUAGUGUAAUAAAAACUUUCUAAAGUUUGACGAAACGAAACAAUUUUUUUUCCUAUUUUCAAAAAUAGAUGAUAAGAAUUUCAUUCUGUAGUUAUGGCGCCCGAAUGCCUUAGUAUGGCCGAGAGUAGAGAAAGUCCUCUCUCUCGAGAGAGAGAAAUGCUCUCAAAUGGCCAUGUGCGUACAACUACUGCCAUGGAAGUCCUACUCACUUCUUUCUCGCGGCAUUACUGUUGUUUACGAAAUUGAGAGGACGAAAAGCGAAUGUCCGGUGCUUUAACCAGGUUGAUGGAUACGGAGGAGACCCACCAAGGAAAGUUGGAAAACCCUGAUUUCAAACCAAUGGUGCAUAUGGGCUCCAGGAUCCUGAUGGAAAAAAUGGUGUGUGAACCUAUUGUUGAUCACCGACUACCAUGAGACUGAAUCUCCUGAUGUUUCUCCACUGCAUUGUGGAUCAGACCUUCAGGUUGACGGCUCUGAGUCUAUGAAAACCACCUGUUUCGGUCUAGGCACCUGGACAGUAACACAGCCCACACACAAAUCAAGUUACUUGUGUGGCGCAUAUGUACUUGGUGCCCCCUAGUACUAGUAUUUAUGUGUUUAAAUAAAUAAAUGUAUUUGUGUUAACGAUUCAUCACAGGAAGGUGAAUGAACAAGAGAUGAACUAGAUGAUUACCUCCAGACUAUAUUUACUUCCUUACAAAUUAUGCUACUUAUUAUUUGUAAGUAGCUCAGUUAAUUAAAUACAUUUUCAGUACCUAUAAGAAACACAGUUCAUACGAAUCAAUAAAAUGGUCUCAUGAAUGAGUCGAUAGUCUAACCACUAAUUAUAAGAUUUAUCUCUGGAAAUUCAAGCAAGUAUUCGGAGCUCUCGAAAAUGUCUUCCAAAGUUAACAGAUUGCUGAAAAUAUCUCAAUCCAUUGAUGUUCAUGGAAAGCUAUCUAGAAAUAAUAAAGUGAAGAAUUGUUUGUUCAUUCUUUGUCCUGAUUGCAUAACCAUCAAUUUGAUCGUACUCUGAGAAGCUUCUAGAAACUCAAGGUUCUAUGUAACCUCUAAGGCUACCUUUGUUUACUGUAGAUAAUCGCAAUUGCGAUGCAAAGAUUGCUCCACGAUUUCCACCUAUUCAAGAUUAAAUAGUAGACAACUGGAAACUAGGAAGUACGUAACUGAAUGUUGUUGUAAAUGAAAACUAAGUUUGAAUUAAGGGUGAUAAGAUAAUGAUGCCAACAAAAUCAAUGAAAUUUGUCACGGCGAGACUCUAAUUUAUGGACGUCCUUUGAACGCAUCUUAAGUGACCCUGAG